AUGAAUGAGGGUUUGGUUCAAAUUGGGUAUACCAGAAAGUUGGAAGAUGUCUCAUUCAUAGAAUCUCAGGUACACACACCUUUUGAGAUCCCUUACCAGCAAAUGGAAGCUUCAGCACCAUUUCAAAUAUCGUUUUCAAUGUAUUCUCAAACGUCGAUACAAAUACCAGUUCCAGUGCCAUUUCAAAUACCAGUAAAGUCAGAAGACCCUAUUGUCUUCCAUGUUCCCGCAUCGUUCCUAUUCGAAAGCACUAAGUUUGUACCUUGGAAUUAUAACUCUACAACGUAUGCGGGAGAUAAACCAAUAGUACUGGAACCAGUAGUCACUAAUAUUGCUGGAAUCGGGGGCAUGACUCGGAGCGGAAGAGUUUUUGCUCCUGAACAACCAUCGAAAGGAAAGACACUUGAGGGUUCAAAAAAGAAGGAAACGAAAUCUUCCAAGAAGACUAUAGCUCAAGAAGAAGCCGAGGAAUUCUUAAGGUUGAUCAGAAAGAGCGACUACAAGGUGGUAGACCAAUUGAGCCAGACCCCCUCCAAAAUAUCCAUACUAUCUUUGUUGUUAAGCUUUGAAGCUCAUACAGAAUCCCUGUUGAAAAUAUUAAAUGAAGCCCAUGUCACUCAGGACAUGACAGUAAAUCAAUUUGAUGACGUGGUGGCUAAUAUCACCGCUAGCAACUGUUUGGGAUUUACUAAUGAUGAACUACCACCAGAGGGACACGCUCAUAACAAAGCUUUACACAUAUCUGUCAAAUGCCAAGAUAGUCUCCUAUCAAUGGUAUUAGUAGACACAGGUUUGUCUCUAAAUGUCAUGCCUAAGAAUGCUCUAGGAAAGCUGAACAAUGUAGGAACUUCCAUGAAAGUUAGUACUUUGGUGGUCAAGGCUUUUGAUUAUUCGAAGAAAAUGGUAAUUGGAGAAGUUGACUUACCAAUAAUUGUAGGACCUCAUACCUUUAUGGUCAUUUUUCAAGUAAUGGACAUCAAUCCAUCAUAUAGUUGUCUUAUAGGACGACCUUGGAUCCAUGUCGCAAGAGUUGUCACUUCAACCUUGCACCAGAGGUUGAAAUUCAUAAUUGAUGAUAAGCUAAUAAUCAUCGAAGGAGGGGAGGACAUGUUCGUUAGUCACAAUUCAUCCUUCAGAUACAUAAAAGCGGAUGGAGAAACAUUGAAAAUACAUUUUCAAGCCUUGGAGAUUGCAGUCACCAGUCGAAGAAGAGAACAAUCGAUAUCCCCAUGA